GGAAGGAAGCAAGCAAGCAAGCUCCCAAAAGCCAGAUUCCCACUUGCAGUGCUUCCCAAGAAUUCAGACCACACUCUACUUUUACUCUCUCUCUCUCUUUCUCUAUAUUCUUCUUUCAUUUCAAUUUCUGGAAAAAUCAAGAAAAUGACUGACAGAGUCCACCCAUCAUCAGCUACUAAGCCAAAUGCCAAUGGCGGAGCCCCCGCCGCCGCCGCAGGCGGCGGCGGCGGCGGAAAUCCAGCUAAACCCAAGGUUUACAACCCGAACCGCAUUCCUUACCGGGCCAGGACGGCUGUGAACCCGAGCCACCUGCAGCCGCGGCGGUUCAGCUGCCGGAGAUGCUUUUGCCUCUGUUGCUUCUGGUCCAUCCUCCUCCUCUGCAUCCUCCUCCUCCUCGCCGCCAUCCUCGGCGCCGCCUUCUACGUCCUCUACCGCCCCCACCACCCCGUCUUCUCCGUCUCCUCCCUCAAGAUCUCCCAAUUCAACCUCACCACCGCCGCCUCCGACGGCACCACCCGCCUCGCCGCCACGCUCAACCUCACCCUCUCCGCCAAGAACCCCGACGCCAAAAUGAUCUACACCUACGACCCCAUCUCCCUCACCGCCUUCUCCGGCGUAACCGUACUCGCCAAUGGAACCUUCCCGGGCUUCAUCAGCAACCCAAACAACAUCACCAUCAUUCAUUCGACGCUGUCAAUGCCGACACCGCAGGUGCUCGAUUCGGACUCUGUCUCGGGUCUCAAGUCGGACCUGAAGAGGAAAAACGGGCUGCCCAUCAAGAUCUUGAUGGAUACUAUGGUGCUGGUGAAGCUGGAGAAGAUGAAGAGCAAGAAAGUUGGGAUCCGAGUCACCUGUGAAGGGAUACAUGCCCCAAUCCCAAAGGGCAGAGCUCCAGGGCUCGGUACAACUUCUCAUGCGCGGUGUACCGUUGAUCUUAGAUUCACUCUCUGGAAAUUUUCUUCUAACUAAAAAAAAAAAAAAAAAAAAAAAACGACUCAGAAGAUUGAGGUUUUUGUAUUGUAAUCACAAUUACUACUUCCAUAAAUUUGUAGAAUGUGCAUUUCUUGUUUUGUUUUCAUCCAUAGAAGUAUGAAAAUUAUUUC